AUGCUGAUUCCUCAAGGUCUUCUCGCCUGUCGACACGAAGCCAUGCUCACUCGGUUGCGUCUCCGGCUACCGAAUCGUAUCCCAGUGAACCAUCACCACACCCGAACAAAACAAGAUGAUGCUGUUCCUCGUGGUCCAGCUUCGAGGCCGAUGGCCCGCAAACCGCAGAGACCCAUUGCAUCGAUAUUUGAGUGGUUUUCACGCUCGCAAAGCCGACGACCAUAUAUCACCCAGCUGUGCCUUACACCGCUGAUAUUCUGCCUCGGUGACUUUUCAGCCCAAAUGAUAGGCGACGAUGAUUUCGACUAUCAUCGCUCGCUGCGGAGCGUCGUCAUCGGUCUUGUGAUCGCGAUUCCCAGUCACGAAUGGUUCCUGUUCCUCGGGCGGUGCUUCAAUUACAGCUCCCCCUCUCUGUCGUUGGGGGCCAAGGUAGCUGCCAACCAAGCCUUUUACACCCCGAUGUUCAAUGUCUAUUUCUUUGCGUGUCAUGGACUCCUCGCCGGGGAGGGGCUCUGGGGGGCAGUGGAACGAGUCAAAGAGAAAGCAUCUAUAAGUAUUCCCAGAAGCUUUCUAUUUUGGCCGGUGGUGACGGCGUUCAACUUCUCCUAUAUCCAACCCCAGUCUCGAGCGAUUGCGACGGCGAUGUUCUCUGUGUUUUGGCAGUCAUACUUGAGCUGGUUGAAUAGUUCUGCUGGAGAGGGGAAAGCAUCUAGAGCUUCUUAA